AUAUAGCACCAGUACAUAUGUAACUGUCGAGGAGGGAGGACGCGUACAUUUUAACAAAAUGCAUGCAAAACUACGCGCGUAACUUUAAGUGACUUAAAAAAGUGAUAAAAAUAUGUGAUAUGUAAAUUGAAUUACUUAUAUAGUUUUAUCAUAAGUAAAUAACUUCUGUGAUAAUUGUGUUGAAUUUUAAACAUUUUGAUAGUAAUUGUUUAAAUAAUAAUCAAAAUGGACAGUGAAAAGAGUGACUCAACACCUUUCAUAAAAAAUGGCGCAUCGGUGGCCAUCACCAAGACUCCGACACCCGGGAAGACUCCGAAACCCGGCAAGGAGGGAAGAGGGAAGGCCAUGAGGCAGAUCCUGGCAGCUUUUGUGGCGAACUGGGGGACAAUCAACACGGGUAUGGCGUUCGGGUUCUCGGCAACAGCUCUACCUCAGCUGCAGAGUGCUGCCUCUAGUAUACGAGUUACAGAGAGUGAAGCUAGUUGGAUUGCCAGUUUAAGUUCUGCCGGUACUCCAGUCGGCUGUAUAGUCAGCGGGUAUCUCAUGGACAACAUUGGGCGCAGGAUGACCCUCAUCAUCACCGAAGUGCCUCUCAUCCUGGGCUGGAUCCUGGUUGCUUGUGCUCAAAACGUUCCUAUGAUUUAUGUUGGCAGAUUGCUGAUCGGCUUCGGUUCAGGCAUGGUGGGCGCGCCGGCCAGGGUGUACACUUGCGAAGUAUCUCAGCCGCAUCUCCGCGGCAUGCUUGGUGCCAUGGCGUCUGUAGGAGUCUCCACUGGUGUAUUGAUACAGUACGUAAUAGGCAGUGUGACCUCAUGGAACAUCUUAGCGGGAUUGAGCACUACGGUGCCCAUACUAUCGCUAUUGGGAAUGCUGUUUUUGCCAGAAACGCCCAACUAUCUGCUGACCCAGGACAAGACGGACAAAGCCGAAAGCUCUCUCAUAAAACUGAGAGGAUCAACUUGCAACUUACAGGAUGAAAUACAGAAGAUGAUUAAUUUCAAAGAGAAGAAUCACGUUGAACCUUUGAAGACACCAAAGGAAAUAAUCAAAGCUCUACUGGCUCCAUCAACAUUGAAGCCCUUUGCAAUCCUCGCUAUUUACUUCUUCAUCUACCAGUGGUGUGGCGUUAACACUAUUACGUUCUACGCUGUUGAAGUGUUUGAAGCGUCAGGUACUCAAUUUGACAAAUACUGGCUUACGAUAUCGAUGGGAAUUAUACGGGUUAUCUUCACUGUGGUCGGUUGCAUCCUUUGUAGACGGUGCGGUAGACGGCCACUUACAUUUGUUUCUGCUAUAGGAUGUGGUUCUACGAUGAUCACCCUAGCAGUCUACCUCUACUAUGUCCAAUAUUGGAAGGACAACCACCUCCCACCACAACACUCUUGGAUCCCCGUGGCCAGCAUCUUCCUCUUCACAAUAUUCUGCACUCUGGGCUACUUGAUCGUUCCUUGGAUCAUGAUUGGAGAAGUUUAUCCCACUCAGGUCCGCGGUAUCAUUGGUGGAAUAACAACAUGCGCAGCUCACUUGUCAAUAUUCUCGGUGGUGAAGACGUUCCCUUAUAUCAAAUACGGACUUAACGAUUAUGGUGCAUUCGGGCUGUAUGGCGCUAUAUCUAUCGCAGGGUUGGCGUUCUUCUACAUAUUCCUACCAGAAACCAAAGGACGAACCCUGCAAGAAAUCGAAGAUUACUUCUGUGGUAGAACAAAGACCCUGAAGAAAGUAAAUCCACAAACUGAAAUUGCGUGAAACUUUAUUUGUACAUAACAAUUAUUUCAAUUUAGUGAAAAAUGUAAAUUGUAAAUAUCCUCUAAGGGGAAUAACCAAUAGGUAUAUAGAAAUAACAAUCUGUCCAAAGAAUACACAAAUUACCAGAUAUAUCAAUAAUUUAAAACGAAAUCUAUUUAAUAUAAUAAAUAGUUUGAAGAGAUUUAUUUUGUGGAUAGUAAUAUUCGUAUAUAAUAAAAUAUACUCAUUUCUGUCCUCAAAAAUAUAAUUAUAAUAUAAAACAAAAAUAACUAAUGAUGAUUGAACUUCUAUAGAUGAAACGAUAUAAAAAAAAUGUAUCAGCUUAGGACACGGUAAACUGUAAUUUUAUUUAUUAAUAUUUUAAACUAAUAAAAAAGUAAUUAUGAUUGUUUCAUCUAUGGAAGAUUGUUAAUUAUAAAUAAAUAAUGAAACAUGCAUUUGUUAAAAAGUAACAACGUCUUUAAGAAAGAUGAUUGAAUAUAGAUGGUGUUAGUAAAAUAAAUAGGUACAUAUUAGUAUUUAAUAAUGUUUUUGAAAUAUAUGCAAUAUAUUUCAAUAAAGAGAAAGUAGGUAUAUAUAUUUUUCUACAAACAUAUUUCAAAAUAUAAAAGUGUAAUUUUAAGAAAGUAUUAUUUAUGUAUGUAAGUACAUAUAUUUACAACAUGUAUAUAUAGGUAGAGAGAGUACAAGAUAAGUGUAAAUGGUGCCAUCUCAAAUAGACGAGAGUAAUUUAUUUUUAGACCUAUUUAGUAGUGAAUAAAACAUAAAUAUACAAAAUGGCAGCUGAAACUAUUUAAAUAAUUAUAUGAAGUUUGUAACGAUCAAAGUACUUGAAAACAAAAUGUGUUUUUGAAGAUUUUGAUGAUGAUAGCUUAAGACAGACGCUGUAUUUAAGUGCUGAAAGUUUGCGUUGAAAGUAUUUGUUGAAAAAUAAAUGAAAAACUGUU